AUGGCCACGACAACGAACGAGCCCACAUCCUCAUCGCGCGAUGAGUCUUCGGACUCUGGAAGCGGAAGCGACAGCGAAAAUGAUACCCCGACGAUAAGCACGCCGACAACGGUCGAAUGGCUGGUGACUGGCCGUUCAAAGCGGUCCACGGCCGGCAACCGAAUGAAGUCGAUGCUGGCUAACGAAGAACCCGACUCGGACCUCGAGCUGCUAUUUGCCGAAGACGACAAUGACGAAGGAUUUACCGAUGUCGACGACGCGGGUUCCGACGUGCAAAUGGACUCGUCUUCCGACGACGAGGACGAGCAGAACCGCGGAGAUGAUCUUGAGGGAGAAAAGGAGCUCGAGAAGCAGGCCAGGGACAAGAAGUUGGCUUCGCGAAAGCGCAAAGCCCAAGACGCCAUCCCCGCCAAGUUCAGGAAGAAGGUCCGCAUCGACCAGGCGGCCGCCCCAGCGCCACGGCCCAAGAAGAAAUCAGAACGAACCAGCUGGCUGCCCUCUCCUGGGGACAUGCCCAUUCGCGCUUCGCUGCGUCAGACUACGAUGCUCAGCAAGGAGCAGCUACAUCAGCAGAUGAAGGAGCGCGAGGCGAAGCGGCUGAAGCAGUUGGCCGUGAUGGAGAAGAAGGCCAAGAAGCUCGAGGCAAUGAAGAAACCCCCAAUGACACAGGCCGAACGGCUGGCGGAGGCUGCUUUGGUUGAGAAGCGAAACGCGAAAUCGCUGAACAGAUGGGAGGUGGCCGAGAAGGCGCGCGAGGAGGAGCGUCUCGCCAAACUGGCGGCCCUGAACAACCGGACACUGAAGGGACCAGUAAUCACCUACUGGAGUGGCAUUGGCAAGUGGGAAAACCACCUGAAGCAUGUGGGCAAGGUGGCCGAGGAGGAGAAGGCCCCUCGCAAGAAGCGGGAGAAAAAGGACAAGGGGGACAAGGCGAAGGGCAAGGACAAGGACGAGGAAGGGUCCAAGAAGGAGGAGGGCACAGCGACGGGCGCCGCCUCCGCAUCCUUACUUCCGUCAACAACCCCAGAUGGACUGGCCGAGGCAAAACCGGGUGCGCCAUCUGCUUCUCCAGCGCCAGCAGAUGCCGAGAAUAAACAGCCAAGUGGCGCCCCCAAACAUUCAUCACAACCAGCCGCGGAACCACGGAAAGCCACGCUAGCCGUGAAGGAAGAGGACCAGCCUCGUGUAAUGGCGCCUCCCCCCAUCCCACCACUGCCCCCUGUCUCACCCGCACUACCCAGACCUGAGGACAAACCCAGGUUGAUGGCGCCACCGUCAAUACCGCCACCUCCUUCGCUGAGCUCGUCGCUGAUGGCUCCUCCGCCUAUGCCUCCGCCGCCCAAGACUUCACCGCCUGUCCUGGCAGCCCCAGUGCUCGCGCCUCCGGUCCUAGCUCCGCCUCUGGGUGGCAUACACCUCGUUCAGCACACGACGCAGCCGAAAUCCAACGUGCUCGCGCCGCCAAAUACUACGCAACAUAAAUCUCCUCUCUCGAUGCCUGCUCCUCCUCCGCCAUCCGCGAGACCACCAGCUCACCCCCUAGCACCACCCCAUCCAUCCCAUCAACCCACACCAACUCAACCGGCUCAACCUCCCGCUCCUCCGAAACCCACCCUGCCGACGGUAGCCUCCACUCCGCCGGCUGCAACGCCUGCGCCGGCAGUUCCUCCAGCCCCGGAGGAGCCGCCUCCGAGCGAGGUUGCGCGCAAUGCGUUCAUCCUCCGCAGCUUUGACGAAGAGCUUAUCCGUGAUAAGACGGUUCAGACUCAGAUUCUCUUCGGACGGCGGAUGGAUCGCCUUGCGAAGCCAGCACCCCGCCCCGUGUGCGUCAUCACGGCGCACACGGCCCGCUACCGCGACCCCGAGACGGGUCUGCCGUAUUUCAACGCCUAUGCGUACCGAGAGAUACAGCGGCUCCGACGCGGCGAGUACAAGUGGAGCAGCCUCCUCGGUGCGUGGGUCGGCAGCUGCACCUACGCCGCCCGUGGUGUGCCGGAGCGGUUUCUGAAGGGGGGGAAGCCCAAGGAGCCCAGGACGAAAGAGAAGGAGAAUGGCAAUGCCACUGUUGCGGAGGGCACAGAGAGCCAAAAGACGAAGGCGGACAAGACCACACCGCCUGCCCAGGCGGCUGUUGGAGAAAAGCCGCCCACUAAGACGGCAGACGCGACGGUACCCUUACCACCACCGUCGGCGCCACAGACGCAGACACAGACGCAACAAUUACCGCAGCCGCCGGCGGAAGCUCAGAACCAAGACCAGGGUGCGAAACCGGCUGCUGCCAAGCCAGCCUCGCAACCCGGUGCGGCCUCUGUGCCACCCGCCGUCUGA